ACCUUCACGACCGCCAACGCAUCGCACCGGUCUCGGUGAACCUCGACCGUGGCAGUUGGUUGUACUUGGCAUUUUGGGGCACAGCAGCUAUGGUAUUUGGUGAAGCUCUACCAUUGGCCGACGUCUUUUGGGCGCCGGAUGAGGACAGUAUCGUGGAUGACAGCGAGAAAGAGCAGAGGAAGGCGCGAGGAACGGGAGGAUGGCAGGACAUUGUGAGGUCGAUCGGAGCUUUCGUUGGACUUGCGUUCGCCAUUCGGAAGCUUCCCUGGCAGUCGACAUUGCAGCUUUCGCUCACGCUCGCACUUGUUAACCCGGCACUGUGGUACCUGAUCGACCGCUCUCCUCCAGGUCUCAUCCUCUCUGGACUGGUUUCUGUCGGCGGCACGGCGAUUAUACUGGGUAUCAAUCCAGCUCUGGUACCUUCACCGUCACCGAUCGAGCUCUUACAAGGCCACGUUGGAAAGCGCGGGCUUGUCAACGGCACUGUGAAUGCGUUGCAGGAUGAGGGCCACGUCUUGGGCAUUUUCAGCCAUGAGACGGUGGGAGUUGCGACUUGGAUCGCCAGCGUACUGUUCGUGAGCGCGGUGUGUUUCGGCAACAUCGGUCGGCAACUGGCGCCGCAGAAGGCGUAGAGUAGUCCGAGUGGCAGUAUAGAUGAGUAAAGCGUGACAUUCGCAUUUGCGGACGUG